AUAUUUGAUGUCAGUUAUUGGGGAAAGUAAAAAUACGAUCAGCAAGAAAAAUAGGGGUUUGAGAGAGAGUGGUAAAAAGAAGAGGAACAAAAGAGGGAGAAGCGCCGUCAGAGCUGAUAUACAGGGAUUCACUCUAUGUAUAGAUACGAUUUACACUAGGACGACUAUCAGCCUCGCCCGCUCAUCGUGGCGCGCUUCCGAGAACCCCUUGAAAGUAGGGGAUGUUUGUCGUACACGUUAUUUGCCCAAUAAAACCACGUGGUGCCACCCCCGCUUUUCCUUGUGAUACUUGCCGUGGACUCCGCCCUCGCGAUUUCUUCACGUCUGCGCGGACCGCCUAUCGCGCACGUUUUUUGCCUCCGAUGCACAACACAGAUCAGCUUCGGACCGAGUCCGAUUCACUGGAUCUUGGCACGCCGCGAUACAGUCAUCACUCAACUUUCACCGGUCCAUCACAUUUUUCUACAACAAUCUUCUUAAAAAUUUAAAUAUCUUCUCGCGAGUGCGGACUUGAUAGCGUAAAUCCAAUUCUCUUCAGUCGAGAAAAAUAUAUUUGCCCUGUGAUCAUAGUAAUAGGUAAAACAAACCAUUAAACAAAACUUGACCAAGUUUUCUAGUGUCUGUGAUAUUAAGGUGUUUCGUUAUCAAAAGUUAAUAACAAGUUUGCUAGUUUUUAAUCACUAUAGAACUCGCAUUAUUCUUAAAAGCAUAAUCCCACAACUAUAGACAUGAAACUUACCUACUGUCAGUAUUGAAUUCCAUCUCCAUUCUAAACUUUUCGUCUAAUAAAUUUGGUCUGUUGGAAUUGGAAAUAGUGAGCUAAUAAAUCAGUGUUUCUAAUUCUGGAAUUUGAUACUGUCUGUAGAACAGUGAAAAAGAAUUGGAGGAGGUCCGCGAAAGUGCGGAGAGACUGGUAAAGUGUUGUUCAGUCACGAGUCCAGGAUUCUCACCCCCGGAGGUGGUACCGUCUCGCCCGGAGGCGCGGGGCCUCCAGCGAGUCCAACUUCGGGACAUUAUCUCCCACCGGCACAUAGCCCACCUUUGGUCAAGAUUGGAUCUGUUCACACGCAUCAAGCUUUAAACCAUCUACAUCAACAACAGCAACUGCAGCCGCAACAGCAGUCACCUCAGUCGCAGGUGCCGGGGGCAGGAGGAGGGGGAGGAGCAGCAGCAGCCGGUGGCGCUAGUGGUGGGUCGGGGGGUGCUGUGGGGGUGAUGGCCAGGAGCGGUGGGAUAUACUGCUAUCACUGCCCCCCCGGUAUACCGACCCCCCGACUUCCACCCUCUCUCGAUUACCCCUUCGCCCCAACGCACCCCUAUACAAGCUACUCUGCUUACCAUCCGGCACUUCAUGGAGUCAGUGAAGAUUCCUUCGUGAGAAGAAAGCAAAGAAGAAAUAGAACAACAUUUUCUUUACAACAACUUGAGGAACUCGAAAAUGCUUUCGCUAAGACUCAUUAUCCGGAUGUUUUUACCCGAGAGGAUUUGGCCAUGAAAAUUAAUUUAACUGAAGCGAGAGUUCAGGUUUGGUUUCAAAAUCGGCGAGCCAAGUGGCGAAAGAGCGAGCGCCUUCGGGAGGAGCAAAAUAAGCGUGAAAGCGAUGGCAAUAUGCCACCGAAUUCGCCAAGUAAUUUAGUUACAAUUAGUGAUGUGCUGGAGAACAGAAGUCCAAUUGAUGACGACGAUUGUCCGAGCCGUAAACAUAGUCCAAGCAGUCCAAGUACAACGUCGGCGUCAGUGAGUCCAAAGCAUCAACCGCAGAUUCAGCCGCCCCUGAAUCCGGGCGACGCGACGCCACCGCCAAACCCCACCCGUGACUUACCGCCGUCGAGAGCAGUGGAUGUCCCGCAGGGACCUCCUGGAGAGAAGAGCACUCCGAGUUUUAGCACGCCUUCAGCUGGAUUCAGGCCAGUGGAUCCACCGACGUCUCUGUUCUUCUCACCGCAUCUGACACAGUUCUCACCACCACUUUUUAGUAACAAGAUCAUUAGCACUACACCCACGUCAUUGACAUCAGCAACGCCUUCUCUGUGGACUACGAGUGAUCAUCGACCCAGCAGCAUACAAGAAAUGCUCUCCUGGUCACCCACAGGAUGGCCUGGCUCCCUCUGUGGAUGCUGUAAGCCAGGGUCGGGAGAUCUUCCUCGAACUACGAGUUUAGCCGAACUCAGAAGGAAAGCCCAGGAGCAUACCACAGCGUCAGCUCUACUGGGGGGACUCGCUGCAUUUCCCGGUGGUCUUCCAUUGCCUUUGCCUUUGCCUCUCCUACCACCGUUAUUGGGUCUUGCCAGGCGGCACGAACAUCAUUUGCCAAACAUUGCUCACCAAAUACAGUCUACUACCAAAGAAGAUCCCUAAAGUUGACGACAUGUAUUAAUUGUUGAUUUGUUUUACUUGUCUUUUGUCGAGUUAUUUUUUAUUUGUUGCGUAUUUCAGAGCUGCUGUCGCGAACAAGUUCGGAAGACAGCUUAUGUAUCUUUUCACCGCUGCUUCGAUCACGUUUGAACGUAUAAUUCUCAGAGGCACAAGUUUUAUAGCAAACUGAACUCUAUCUGACUCCCGGAGGACCAGCUUGUGCCUGCUUGUACCGUGACAAUAGCGAUUUCAUCCUCCAUAGGAUGUUGUCAUAGAUAUAGACAUUAGGUCUCAAUUUUCAAGGAGAAGUGAUCACCGCGUGCGGGCGUCUUUUUAAGAUUUUCUUAUAUAUUCUGUGUAUAUAUAGUAAUAUAAAUUGGAAUAGUUUUGUACUUAAUAAAAGUUACGAGUCUCUCUCUCUUUCUCUCUCUCCACUCUAUAAUUACCACAAUGCGUGAAAAAUCCAUACGCGCACUUUUCGAACAAGAGAGUGAAUUAUAACUUUUAAUAAGUGAAAUUAUACUUACUCAAAUUUAAAGAGUAGGAUUUACUUGAGCACAAAAUUAAUUUUCCGCUCUUCUGAAUAAGAACGAACAAAGUUGUCUAAAUGUAGCAAUGAUAGAAAUGUGUAUAUUAUGUUUUUUGACUGUCACCGUUGAUAAUUCAAGAUUGACUUAACGAAAAGUAUAUUACGUAUAUGACUAGAUAUAUAUGUAGAAAACACUAAAGGUAGUGCCAUCUAAUAAACUUGUUCUUGUGAUGAAGAAAA